AUGAACAGCAUAAAAUUUUUCAUGGGUGCCUUACUUGUACUCUUGACUACUGGAGCAAGUGGAUGGGUAGUCAAAAACGCAACCGAUACAUCCACAAGAGCCAACAUCACCGUCAUUGAUUCGUCUUUGGCAGAGCAGAGGUCGGCAUCUAUCCCUAAAUCACGGCGAAAGCGCUACAUAUCUCAAAGCGACAUGAUUGCAAUACUAGACUAUCAUAAUAAAGUACGAGCCAACGUUUUUCCGCCUGCUGCCAAUAUGGAGUUCAUGGUUUGGGAUGAGAGUUUAGCCAGGAGCGCAGAGGCCUGGGCGGCUACCUGUAUCUGGGACCACGGACCACCGUACCUACUCAGGUACCUGGGCCAGAACCUCUCGGUUCGUACCGGCAACUACCGCUCCAUUCUGCAGUUGGUGAAGCCUUGGUACGACGAGGUCAGGGAUUAUGUCUUUCCAUACCCACGGGACUGCAACCCGCGGUGUCCCAUGCGUUGCUAUGGCCCCAUGUGUACACAUUACACACAGAUGGUGUGGGCAACGACAAACAGGGUCGGAUGUGCUGUUCAGACGUGUUACAACAUGUUUGUAUGGGGCGCCAUAUGGAGGGAGGCCACAUACCUUGUCUGCAAUUAUUCGCCAAAGGGCAACUGGAUAGGUGAGGCUCCUUACAGAGUUGGUGUGCCUUGUUCUGCCUGUCCGCCAAGCUAUGGAGGAUCAUGUAGCAACAAUAUGUGCUUCCCUGCCAUUAACUCAAACUUCGUUUACUGGUUUAAGUAA